UCGAUCCUCAGUUCUCAUUGAACGCUUCGUUGUUCCAAUCCAAAGCAGAAUCAUGAAGGUUAUCAUUGCCUUGUGCGUCCUCUUCGUCGCUGUCCAAGCCAACCCUCAAUUCCGCGCCCUGAGGGCUCGUGCGUCUGGUCUUGGAGGAGGUUCCGCCCCUGCUGCUGCUCAAAACUUCGCAGCCCCGGCACAACCAGCAGCUGCUGCUCAACCUCAGCCAACUUUCGGACAGAUCUUCCAGCCCCAGCCAAUGUACCAGCCUCAGCCGAUGUACCAAGCUCAACCUCAGUACCAGCAGUUCCAGCAACAGGGCAGAUAUCCCGGUGCCCCCUUUGGUGGUUUCCAACCUGUGCAGGGAUGAGCAAAAGUUCAUUAAUUACGGACACUGUUACUCGUAAUUUAAUGUCCAAAUGAAGUCUAAGGCUGAAUAAUAAUUGUCAUUGUGCUGUAUAAUUAUAAUAAAAUAUUUCAG